UAACUUUGCUUCGGAGAAGGAUUUCCACUCAAAUCAAGAAGAUGGCUCCUGUACAGCAAGAUUCCCUUGAAGUGCAACUUGCACAAGGACUUGCAGGCAAUGAACCAGGGACUCGAGAUAAAACCUUUGCGACUCUACGUAAAUUCGUCCGUUUGCAAUUGCCAUAUUUGAAAGAAUCUUUAACACAAGAUGAUUUUACAAAGAUAUGGAAAGGAAUUCAUUACCGUUUGUGGAUGCAAGACAAACCUCUUAUGCAAGAAAAACUUGUCAACGAAGUCUGUGAACUGCUUCUUCACUUUCCAACUGAAGAAUAUGCCAUGAUGUACAUAAAAGCUUUCUUUGAGGCAGAAGCUCGUGAGUGGAAUGGAAUAGACCAACACAGACUGGAUAAAUUCAUGAUGCUUAUCCGAGAGUUUGUAAAUUCAACAUUUAUGUUUCUGUCCAAGUCAGGCUGGAAAUUAGAUCUCAUAAAGCAACUGAAUGUUAUCAUGGAAGAGAGUGUAUUCAAUGUAGGAAAGGCUAUGCAACCUACAAGUCUACAGUUGCAUCUAAUUGAAGUUUACUUUUUAGAGUUGAAGAAAGUUGUCAAUGAACAGCUCACCCCUGAUACUGCUAUCCAUUUGUUUACUGCAUUUGUAAAUGUUUUUCCUGUUCUCAAAAACACUGUUGUUGUGGCCAGCAUCCUUAAAUUACUCAAUAAACUAAUCUUUAAUGAGAAAUAUCCUGAGGAUGAAAAGGGUCGGAAAAGAUAUGUCUUAAAUGGCUGUGAAGAACGAGAUGCAACAGAUUUUGAAAAUCCAGUGACGCUCACAAUCGAUUUGGAAAAGUUUUCAACCCUUCUCAUGGAUAGGGCCAGUAGUGAAAAAGGUACAUUUAAACGACGGAAGCAGUUAUAUAAUCUGAUCAAGCGAAUAAAAGAUUUAGAAUAUAAAAAGCCUUCUUCCAAAAGUGUGAAGAAAAGUAAAAGUAAACAUAAAAAAGGCAAUAUUGAAGAAGUGAAUAUUGAAGAGGCAGCUCGGAGAUAUUUGGAGUUUAAUGAGAAACUGCAAAAAGAAAUUCCAUCACAGAAGCAAUGUAAGAAACUUGAAAUACGACGUUUAAAGAAGGAACGAGCCCAGGAAAAAUGUAAUGGAGAGCAAAAGAAGAAAAAAGACAGAGUGGCAGAUGAGGAAGAAGUGGAUGAAGAGACUAUGGAGGAGGAGGAGAAAGACAUAGAGAAUGCCGAGGAGGGGGAAGAAGAGGAUGGAGAGAGUACAGAAGAGGGAGAAGAAGAUGGAGAAAGUAUGGAAGAAGAUAAUGAGGACAUUGGCUGUGAGUUUAUAAGUUUUGAAGCUGAUGAAGUUGAAGAUGAUGAUUAUGAUUCUGAAGAAGAAGAGGAGGAAGAUAUGUGGGAUGUUGAAGAAGAAGAAGAAGAAGGUACAAGUGACGAAGAAGAGGAUGGAGAAAAUGUGUAUGAUAAUGAUGAUGAAGAAGAGGAGGAAGAAUUUGAUGAUGAUGAGUCUUUGGGUCUUGGAAAAGAUGGAAUGAUAGGCAGUGAUGAAAUAGAUUCUGUCUAUAUAAAUAGAGAACCAGAUGAUAAUGAUGACAAUGAUUAUGAUGACGAAAAUGAAGAAGAGGAUGGUAGUGAUGAUGGUUUAGAAUUUGAUGUUGAAGAGGCAUUCCUGAAAAUGGAGGAGGAGGAGGAGAGUGAAGAGGAAAGUAAAAGCAUAGAAGGCGAUGAAGUUGGUUGUUAUAUUGUAGAUGUUCAAGCAUCCAACAACAACAACAACAGCAGCAGUGGUAAUGAAGAGGUUAAGAACUCCCAACAACAGCAGCUUGAAGCCCAGGCUGGCCCAUCACGGAAGCCUAAGAAACAUACUGACAGUAGUGCUGAUGGUAAACCCUCGUCAGGUAAAUGUAAGCGAAAAAAUGAAGAGCUGGAUGAUGAAAUGAUAGAAAAAAAGAUGAAGAUGAUGAUAGAGAUGAUAAGCAAAACGGUAGCAGCAGGCAAGAGAAAGAAAAAGCGAAAGAAGGUAAAAACACCCUCUGACAGCACUGAUAAUUCGUCUCAGUCAAACUCUAGUUGGUUUACCUUGGUGGAUUUUGAAAAAGAUGAUGAGAAAAGAGAGGACAUCUGUGGUUCAGUUGACCAGACAGUUAGGAAAGAGACGGUGAGAAAGAAAAAUAAGAAGCAAAAUGGAGAGGCGACAAUAGCAAAUAAAAAGGAUAAAAAGAACAAGAAGAAUAAGAAGGCGAAGCAACAUAAUAUAAACUCAAAACGGACAUUUCCAUUACCAACUGGACUGAAGACUUCUCCAGAUUCGAACGUUGUUUAUGACCAGCUGAAAGAUACUGUCAAUACCAAGCAGAUGCGGCAGACUGUAGUUGCAGAUAGAAAGAUAAAACACAAGCUAAAUCGUUAUUUUGAUAUGGUUGCUAAAAAUAAUCUCUUAAAUGAAGUGUCAUCUACUGCUGUUAAUAAUAAUGAGGACAAUAAGAAAGAGCCUGCUCUUUUAAAUGAUAAUGAGAACAACAAAAAAGGACCUAAUAAUAAGAGCAAUAAAAAUAAGAAGAAGAAGCACAAUAACAACAUUGGUAAUGGUAGCAGCAAUACUAAGGUUGAAAAUGUGAACCCUGCCAAAGCAGCUAAACCACCACAAAUGGCAGAAAACCUUAAAAGCUUUUGUGAAUCACCACCAGCAUUUUUCCAGAAUGCUGUUUCAAAAGUUAAAAUGUCUGCAAUAAGAAAGAAAAAUAAGCCCAAAAUUAUCUCAACAGAUCUAAGUGAUGCUGGUUUACAAGACAGAAAGUCAGUCAGUUUUGACAUGAAUCAAAACAAAGCAUUUCUGCCAGAGACCCCAAUUAGCUCUGAAACACCUUUCAACUCCCAAAAGAAGCCAAGAACAGGUAUUUUGAAACCUUCUCCAUCACCAAUUCUUGUUGCUAAGAAGAAAAAGGGAAUUACGAAGCGACAAAAAGCAGCAGAUUUCUUUUGAUUUUUUAAAAAACUUGUUAUUGUAAAUUAUACAGAUAUCUAUUGAACAUGUCAAUGGCUCACAAUAACAGCACAACAAAUAUGGACUUUGCUCUGUUGGACAGAAUUUCCAUUAAAAUUGUAUCCAAACAUUUA